GUCACAAAAACAAGAACCAAACAAAUCCAUAUUCUUAAUCAGGGAGCAAAGUAUAGUGUUGUGGACUCCUCACCCUUUCCGCUUACUAUUUUAACAGAUAACACUGAACUGUGACUUCCUCAACACAACACUGACCUCUGUCUGCAGCAACUUCAGCUAGCCAUUCACUCUCACCAAUAAAACAUGGCAACUACAAGAGUUCGGAGGAUCAAGUUGGGAUCUCAAGGCCUGGAAGUGUCAGCUCAAGGCCUGGGCUGCAUGGGGAUGUCAGCUUUCUAUGGCCCUCCGAAGCCUGAAACUGACAUGAUCGCUCUCAUCCACCAUGCAAUCAACUCUGGGGUUACCCUUCUUGAUACCUCUGAUGUUUAUGGUCCCCACACCAAUGAAAUCCUCCUUGGCAAGGCCUUGAAAGAUGGUUUCAGGGACAAAGUUGAAUUGGCUACUAAGUUCGGUUUAGACUUUACUGAAGGGAAGAACGAAACCCGUGGUGACCCUGCUUACGUGAGGGCGGCCUGUGAAGGUAGCUUGAAGCGUCUUGAUGUGGAUUGUAUUGAUCUUUACUAUCAGCAUCGGAUUGAUACCAGAGUUCCCAUUGAAGUCACGAUGGGUGAACUUAAGAAGCUAGUUGAAGAAGGUAAGGUAAAGUACAUAGGUCUAUCCGAGGCUUCUGCUUCGACAAUUAGGAGGGCACAUGCUGUUCACCCAAUAACUGCUGUACAGUUGGAGUGGUCUUUGUGGUCUAGAGAUGUUGAGGCCCACAUCAUUCCUACUUGCAGAGAACUUGGAAUUGGGAUUGUUGCUUACAGUCCUCUGGGGAGAGGAUUCUUUUCAUCAGGGCCUAAAAUUGUGGAAAACUUGUCCAAUGAUGACUUCAGAAAGUCACAACCAAGGUUCCAACCUGAAAAUCUGGAGCAUAACAAACGCCUGUAUGAGCGAGUUAAUGAGAUAGCAGCGAAGAAGGGGUGCACCCCAUCACAGCUUGCGUUGGCUUGGGUCCAUCACCAAGGGAAUGAUGCCUGUCCCAUUCCCGGUACCACCAAAAUCGAAAACUUCAAUCAGAACAUUGGAGCUUUGUCCGUAAAAUUAACAGCUGAAGAGAUGGCUGAGCUAGAAUCCAUUGCUUCAGCAGAUUCCGUGAAGGGAGAUAGAUAUGGUGAAGGUAUCUCUACUUACGAUGACUCUGAGACUCCUCCCUUGUCUUCAUGGAAACCUGAAUGAGGCUUACGCUACCAUGUUGAUUGACGAGUCUCUCGACUUUGUAUUUUGAGAAUAAAUGUUCCGUCAGAAUUAUAAUCAUAGAUUGCAAACUUGGUAUGUAGUAGCUAUCUAAGUUUGUCGUGGUUGAGAUUGUCUGUUCUAAGGUAAUUAAGCAAUGUUUCAAUACAUUAUAUAUAUAUAUAUAUAAUAUUAUUGUGCUUGCUUUUUAGCCA